AUGCCUCUCAAGAAGGGCGACGCCAGCGAGGGCGAGGGCGACAAAUUCUCCUGGACACCCGAGAAUGAGCGCAAGCUCUUCCUCUUCAUGAUUGGAACCACCAGCUUCUCCAAGGAAGACACCGAGCGUCUUGCAGAACAUGCUUUCAAGGGUAAUUGUAUCCCCGUGCCCAACUUCGCGUUCACCUUAAUAACAUUACACAUAGGCACUUCCGCGAACGCUAUCAAGCAACGUGCCAACAAGAUCCGCAUCGAGCAUCGUGCCCUGUACGAGGAACACGGUUGGCCUACUCCAGACGGCAAGCCGGCUGUCAAGGCUGCUGGUACGCCCAAGAAGAAGCGCGCAGCCGAUGGUGACGUUGCUCCCAGCACCCCAGCCAAGAAGGGCAAGAAAGGCAAGGCCGCUGAUGAUGAGCCCCCGAGCAACGACCUGGGCGGUGCCAUCAAGGCUGAAGAGUCGGAGAUUUGA